GGUCAUGUUUACAAGCUAGCUCAAGACCAGCCACACCCAUCAAUACUGGCAAGCAAUGGCGUCUCUUACUACAAAGUGCCUAAGUGCAGCCAGUAAGGGAGACCUGAACACUCUAAGAAGCCUCAAGCAACAGAUCAACCUCAGCGAGUGUUCUGACAAGUUUGGAGCUACUCCAGUCCACUAUUCCGCCCGCGCUGGACGUGUAGAUUGCUUGAGAUGGCUCAUCCAAGAAGCGGGAGCUAACGGUAACAAGCCAGCUAACAACGGAGCGACCCCUGCACAUGAUGCAGCUGCUACUGGUCAGCUAGACUGUCUGCAAUGGCUAAUAGAGAAUGGAGGAUGCUCAGCAACUGGCAGGGAUACCUGUGGUGCCACGCCCCUUCAUCUUGCGGCAAGGUUUGGGCAUCUGAGUGUGGUGGUGUGGUUGGUGGAGUCCGAGGGAAGCAGUGUACUCGACAAGGCACAGAAUGGCGUCACUCCGAUACACUUAGCGGCAGCAAAAGGUAGUCUCAACUGUCUCAGGUGGCUCUCCCAAGCCAACCCACUUGCCGUCAACAAAAGAGCUGACAACGGCACAACACCAAUCUACUUUGCAGCUCAAGAGGGACGUUUAGACUGUCUGCAAUUCCUCAUAUCACAGGUUGAUGGUAACUGUCGGCUUCGGGCGAGUGAUGGAAUGGCACCAGUACAUGCUGCGGCUCAGAUGGGACAGUUGGAUUGUCUGGCGUGGCUGGUUGAGAAUGCUGGUGUCUCACCCAAUGAGAGGGACAAUGAUGGAGCCACUCCAGCACAUUUUGCAGCUGCAAGAGGCCAUGUGAAUAUUUUGAGAUGGUUGUUCACUCACGGUGGCAAAGUUGAGACAGAUGAUCUGGGAGGGACACCACUCCACGAUGCAGCUGAGCACGGUCAACUGGAGGCUCUGAAGGUGCUGGUGGCCACAGGAGUAGACCCACACACUAAGGACCUGGAUGGAAUGACUCCGGCUGAUCUAGCCGAGGAGUGCAAGCACUUAAACUGUGCCAACUAUCUGAGAAGUCAAAAAACUCCAGAUCCCCCUACUGAGGAGGAUGAACUGGAAAAGCCUAAAACUGACUUCUUUGGGCUGAAUGAUAGCUAUCUCGUCAAGUCUCCAGUUUCUCCAAAAAAGAAGAUUGUUCUUCCUAACAUGAAAUCAAAGUCCAAGACGGCCAAAGCAGUGGUGGUCAAUAAAAUUGAGCCUUCAGUUCCAAAACCAGCCAAUCUGGCGCUGUUGUCUGAGAGAAACGAACUGAAAGACGUCUUCCAAAAACUGAGGACGAGUACGAGUGAUCCGAUUGGUGAAAUCGAGAGAGUGAUUGAUGUCGAAAAUGACGAGGUUAAUGAAGAGCCCAGGAAACCAGUUGUUAUAGAACAGUCGUCGGUAGCUAAGGACAUUGAUCCAAUCGAACGCAAGUUGGCCGAAUUUGAACGUAAAAAUAAAGCUGCAGCUAAAAAAGUGAAUCAAGUUGUACCCAGCAAAGAACAAGUUGAUGGUCCUCACAAGGCACAGUCUCGUUUUCAGCCUAAGAAAAAAUUCACUCGUCACCCAGAGAAUGUGUCCGACUCAGAAUCAGAAGAUGAGGGAAGAACACUACCAGGAGCGAAGAAACAAAAAUCCUCGCUAUUGAAUGAGGUCAGACAGUUUGAAUCAGAUGCUCUCAAAACAGCUCCUCCUGUCAAGAAGAAUUUAGUACCAACUAAGCUUGGCCGUGUAAAAGAGGAGAAACCAAAGGCAAGAAAGAUGAUAGGACAAGUGGAGGGUCCUGAUCCAGAACCAGAACCGGAACCAGAGCCACAGCCUGAGUCUGAGACUGAGGAGGAACUUGAUUCAGACGAGGAGUUUGAAGAUGUACCGUUAUGGAAGAGGGCACUCAUGAAAAAGAAAGCUGAAGAGGACAGGAAGAAAAGGAUUGCCAGAAAGAAAGAAAAAGAAGCUCAAGAAGCCAAGUGGGUUGAGGUACCGGCAUGGAAGCGAGCAAUGUUGGAAAAGAAGCAAGCUGUCAUGAGUGAGCAAGAUAUUGCUGCUGAAGCUGAUCAGUACAAAGAAGCUGAGAGAGAGGCGAAAUUCAACUCACUCCCAGAGUGGAAGAAACAGCUACUCUUACAAAAGAAAAAAGACUGAUUUAUACAUUUCAUUACUUGGCACCUAACAACAUGUACCAUGCAUUUAUAGCUUUAAUAACUGCUGUUCUUUUUGUCAAUAGUAUUGCAUUAUAUAAAAGUGGUUGUAAAUAUUGAUCAAAGAACAUAAUAAGAAUAUAGAAGACAAUGAAA